ACAGGAGCUCCGUGAAGCUUCCCCUCUCACCCUAUCUCUUGCCAACCUCUACUCGCGAACAACAAGCCUUGCGAUUGCCAGAACCAGGUCCUGACACAACGCCAGAAGAAUUGCAGUCAGAGAACAUACACAGCUUGCGUCUCGAGACCUGAUUCGCUCCUUGUGACAUUGCUGUACACGAAACAGCCGUCACCCCCACCGUGUUCCCGACCAGCAACUCUCAGCAUUGCAGUCAUGGUUGACCGCCCGAACAAGCCCACGGCUUUGGCCACCACACCUGGCCUCCCUCCUCAGCCGCAAGUCAACAUCAGCCAUGACGCUGGCCGUGUUUCAGCCUCGCUUCCCACUGGCGAGACCGUUGACAUCCUCCUUUACGGCGCCACCGUCAUCAGCUGGAAGGACCGGGCCGGCAACGAGAAGCUCUGGCUGAGCGAAGCGGCCAAGCUCGAUGGCUCAAAAGCCAUUCGAGGCGGCAUUCCGAUCGUAUUUCCGGUCUUCGGCCAAGCUCCCGACCACGCGGCGACCUCAAAACUCCCACAGCACGGCUUCGCCCGGACCUCACGCUGGGAACUACUGGGCAAGUCCACCUCGGAGUCGGCCGGCAUGUCCGACUCGUCUGUCAAACUUGACUUUGGUCUGAGCUCGGCCAGUCUCAGUGACGAUGUCAAGGCCCUCUGGCCGUACACUUUCUCCAUCAUCUAUAGCGUCACACUCAGCCAGGAGGGUCUUGCAACCAGCAUUGUAAUUACCAAUGAUGGCGAGGAGGCAUUUGAGAGCCAAGUUCUCCUCCAUACAUAUCUCCGCAUCGAGGACAUCACAACAGUCUCCGUCACUGGGCUUGAGGGCUCGGCAUAUAUCGACAAGGUGGAUGGUGCGAAGCUGAAGUCGCAGUCUUCCACCAUCAGCAUCACGCAGGAGACCGACCGCGUUUAUACCCCCUCAACAGACCCUUCGCAGCCCGUCGUCAUUACUUCCAACGGCGAGCAGGUUUUCAGUGUCGUGCGCGACGGACUACGCGACGUCGUCGUCUGGAACCCGUGGACUGACAAGGCCAUGAGCAUGCCCGACUUUGAGCCCAAGGAUGGUUACAAGAAUAUGCUUUGCGUCGAGGCCGGCUCAGUUCGUGAUUGGACCAAGCUCGAGCCCGGUGAAGCUUUUGAGGGCGGACAGACGAUCUCGUAUUGACUAGAUGUAGCAAAUCUGAUAAGACUAUGAGGCGUCAGAAGCCAGCACCGUAGUAUUGCCUCAUACCUGCUGCGGCCCAUGCGGCAGCACGAUGUACGCCCUGGUCGACCAGAAAAGCGAAGGCGGUCAAAUAACUGCAGAUGGAUUUUCUCGAGCUCUAGGGGUGGUCCUAAGAUAAAUGUCACCGCGUAAGAAUUGAAUUACAUUACGAGGUUAUCCAUGUGCUCGGGGACUUUUGGUGCGAUAAACACUCUGCUCGGUCUCUGUUUAUUGGCAUCGUGUUCCCAGAGGACGACUGCAAAAGCGUAGAAGUCCCCCCUCCGAACGCGCCGCUGAGGCGGGGUAGUUAGUAACACGACCCCUAGCUAGAAGGAGAAUAUGGUGAAGAGGUAUACAGAGAAACACAUUAACAUCACUGCCCCAUAGCCACAUUUCCGAGGUAUCAUAUAAGCAAC